AUGGAGGCGGGUAACCAAAGGAAAGUGUUAAACCUGGUGGCUGUGUUUGAAGACCAAAGGGCCUGCGUAUUUCCCGGGAGCCCCCAGAAGGAUCAGCACGCUCUGCACACUCAGGUCAGCCCUGCAACCAGCCAUCUCCAGGGGCUCCCAGGGUCCUUAUCGAGCCAGGAUCAGAGACUCUGCCAGAUGGCCAGCACACACCAAGCAGAGAGAGAGAGCAAGGAGGAGGAGAAGAAACGGUCUUCCUCAGCAGCAGGGCAGGAGGAGCAGCAGGGUCAGCAGGGAUUCAGCUUCAAAUGCCUCCGCUCUUUCCGGCAGAAGAUCAGCGAGGACAACUGGAGGAGGCAGCAGGACGCAGGCCUCAAGCCAGGCAGCAAGGACCCAGAAGAAAAGAAAAUUGCUCUGGAGCUGCUGGAGACAGAACAGGCUUAUGUUGGCCGCCUCCACCUUCUCGAUCAGGUAUUCUAUACAGAGCUAAUGAAAGAAGCCAAAAAUGGGAAGAUAGUCCCAGAGGAGGUAGUGAAAAUGAUCUUCUCCAACAUCUCCUCCAUCUACCAGUUCCAUGCCAAGUUCCUCCUGCCAGAGCUGCAGAAGCGCAUGGAGAAUUGGAGUUCCAGUCCGCGGAUUGGGGACGUGAUCCAGAAGCUUGCACCUUUCCUCAAAAUGUAUGGUGAAUACGUGAAGAACUUUGACAAGGCCAUGGAGCUCAUUACCAUCUGGUCAGAGAAAUCACCACGCUUCCAGGAGCUCAUUGAUGACAUCCAGAAGAGGAAGGUCUGUGCUAACCUAACGCUGCAGCACCACAUGCUGGAGCCUGUGCAGAGAAUCCCGCGCUAUGAACUCCUCCUGAAAGACUAUGUCCGAAAACUGCCACCCAAGUCUCCAGACAGGGCUGACGCAGAGAAGGCCCUGGAAAUGAUUUUCAUGGUGGCCAAGCAUUCAAAUGCAGCUAUCGCUGAGAUGGAACGGCUGCAGAACCUCUGGGAGGUCUAUCAGAGACUGGGCCUUGAGGACGACAUUGUGGAUCCCUCCAAUGAGCUGAUCAAGGAGGGGCCAAUCCUAAAAAUCUCCUCCCGCAACAACACAUCGGAAAAGUACCUGUUCCUGUUCAACAACAUGCUGCUGUACUGCGUGCCCAAGGUCAUCCAGGUGGGCUCAGAGUUCCAGGUCCACCUCCGCAUCGACGUGGAUGGCAUAAAGGUGCGGGAGCUGAAUGAUACACAAUUUCCUCACACCUUUCUGGUCUCAGGCAAGCAGCGGACACUGGAGCUGCAGGCCAGGUCCAGGGAGGAGAUGAACUCCUGGAUCAAGGCCUUCCAGGAUGCCAUCGACAGGAAGGAGAAGAGCAGUGAGAGCUUCAAGAUAGCUGUGCAUAGACCAGAGACAGCGCCUUCUCCAUUGAAGACGGAGGAGCUGGGCCGUCGAGCCCCGCAGUGGGUGCGAGACAACCUGGUAACCAUGUGCAUGCGCUGCAAGGAGCCCUUCAACGCCAUCAUGCGCCGGAGACACCACUGUCGGGCUUGUGGAUAUGUGGUGUGCGCUCGCUGCUCCGACUACAAGGCUGAGCUGCAGUAUGAUGGAAACCGCCUGAACCGCGUGUGCCAGGAGUGUUACAUCUUCCUGAUGGGCCACGUAGCGCUUGAGGACCGGGAGGGGAAGCACAAAGGCAUCCUAGAGAGAGAAGCAGCAGAGAUAUCAGGCAGGAGUUUGCUCUGCAGUUCCCUGCAGCUGCUGGACAAGAACGGCAAGGGAGGCAUGCGGGGCUGGUUCGUGAUCCCGCGGGAUGACCCCCUCGUGCUGUACAUCUAUGCGGCCCCCCAGGAUGUCCGAGCUCACACCUCCAUCCCGCUGCUGGGCUACCAGGUGAAGGAUCUGUCCCAGAGCGACUCUCGCCACGUCUUCCAGCUGGCGCAGUCCCGGCAGGUCUACACCUUCGUGGCCGACACGGAGGAGCUGAAGCGGCGCUGGAUGAGGGCCAUGGAGCGCUCCGCUGCGGGGAUCACCCAGCCAGAGGAGGACGAGGACACGGACUCCUCCGAAGAAGCAGAAUGAGCCCCACAGGCUGUUGCCCACCCCUGGGGCGCUGCUCCAGCAGUGCUGCUGUGUGGGUUGAACCUCCCUGCUCUCCCUCCCUCGCUGGUUGCCUUUGGACAGAUCCCCUGACCGCUCUGCGCUUUGGUUUUCCCUGCUGCAAAAGGGACGAGGCGAAAGUGUGUGUGCCACCGCACGGGCAACCCGGAUCCCCCAUCCCCUCCCUCCUCAUGUUCUGCGAUGAGUAGCUAGAUCCUGGAUAGAGACGAUGGAGGUACCCGAGCGGGGAGGUGGGGGGAGAGCCAGGGGAUUUGGGGUGCAGGAAGCCUGCACCCCUGCAGCCUGUGAGAGCCUUGCCGGCUGUGCCAUGCCACCAGCUGCCGCCCGAGGGCAGCAACACCUCAAUCUUCCUCCAAGCCCGGCUCCGGCGGGGUGUGAUGCAGGACACCCAGGUCUGUGAAAGCAUCUGUGGAAUUGGGGCCUCUGCAAUA